AUGGACUUUGACGACCUCCUAAUCGCAAAACUCCACGCGCCCGAGAAACCACAAACACCCACACCACCUCCACAACCUUCAGAACCGACAACAACAACAACACCCGACCCCUCCAACCAACCAUCCUACCCCCGUCCCACAACAACCCCCAAAGACAACGAAAGCUACUACAUAAAACCCAUUCCCAGCGGCUUGAGGGGUGCCACCCUCUCCUCCCUCAUGACCCUCUGCCACACCCACACCCUACAACACGGCUUCGACGUCGUAAAAAAAGCAGGCGUAAAACCCACAACCCAGAAAGGUGGACGCAAGACGAUUAUCCCCGGUGCCGUGUACUAUAAAUGGCAUAUCACUUGCGUAUUAGGCGGGAAACCCAAGAAUACGCGGCAUUUGACUGAAGAGCAACGGAGAAGAGAUAAAUCGAGUUUGAAGAUGGGGUGUCCGAGUAGGGUGUGGGCGUGGGCGGUGGAUAGGGAGAAGCCUGAGGGGGCAUGGGAGAUUAGGUGGGGAGAUACGGAUCCGGCGUUACACAAUCAUCCGCCUGUUGAUGUGCGUACCCUACCAAACCACCGUCGCAGAGCCAGAGAAGCAGAAGGUGUUCAAGAAGCGAUAAGAGAGAUCGCGGAAAAAGGCCUAGGGAGGAAGGAAGGAUUGCAAAGGUUGAGAGAAUUGUUUCCCGAGGGAUUGUUUAGUGAGAAGGAUGUUGCGAAUGAAUUGCAGAAGUGGAAGGGGUUGAGAAAACAACAAAGAGUGGAUGGAGAGCAAGAGGUGCAAGAGGUAGAGCAAGAAGAGAUGGAGGGGGUUGAAGAGGAUGAGGCGGGAGCGCAGUUGCAGGGACAAUUGCAGAGUCAGACGAGGCAAGAGCAACAGAGAGUGCAACAACAACCAUCACAGCAGCAUGAGAAUAUGUUUGCUGCUGGUGUCCCUGCUUAUUGGUAG